CGGCGUAACCCUGUCACCUAGCGGCUCUACUACUGAAUUAUUCGUAACAGCGGAACCCUUUCCCAGCAUCCCGUGCGCUUCUAGUUUUCCCCUUUGACCUCUGAUGAUGUGCUAAACAUCCGGGCUAUCGGUACUAUAGAGGGAAGAUGGCGGACGUGUUGCUACCUGCUGAUUGGAUAAAGAACUGGGAAAAAUCCGGAAAAAAUGACUUUGUGCAGUGUUGCCGCAAUCUCAGUGAAAAAGGCCAGGAAUGUGCCACGUUUAAAGAAAUUCAGCAGAUGCUCUAUGAACUGGCGUGCCACGUUGUAAAGGGAAGUCUAAAGCAGGACCAAGCGUCCGGAGUUCUCGCCGAUGUCAUAGACCUCCGAGAUGACAUGCCUUCAAUAUUAGCAGAUGUUUUCUCUAUUUUGGAUAUCGAAACCAGCGGCUUGGAAGAAAAAUGGAAACGAGACCAUUUUACACAAUUAGUGUUGUCAUGCUUGUAUCUAGUAUCCGACACAAUCCUGAAGGAGCGGCUGGACCCUGAAACACUGGAAUCAUUGGGUCUCAUCAAACAGUCUCAACAGUUCAAUCAGAAAUCUGUAAAAAUAAAGACCAAACUUUUUUAUAAACAGCAAAAAUUUAAUUUAUUACGAGAAGAGAAUGAAGGGUAUGCCAAGCUUAUCGCAGAGCUUGGGCAAGAUCUAUCAAGAGGCAUAACAAGUGACCUAAUCCUAGAAAACAUCAAAUCUUUAAUUGGAUGCUUCAACCUGGAUCCAAACAGAGUACUGGAUAUUAUCUUAGAGGUUUAUGAAUGUCGGCCGGAGCACGAUGAUUUUUUUGUACCGUUAUUAGAAUCUUACAUGUGUAUGUGCGAACAUCAAACACUGUGUCACAUCCUUGGAUUUAAAUUCAAGUUUUACCAGGAGCCUAAUGGAGAGACUCCUUCGUCCUUGUACAGAGUCGCAGCAGUUCUUUUACAGCAAAAUCUCAUUGAAUUGGAAGAUCUAUAUGUACAUCUUCUUCCAUCAGACAGCGUCAUCCUCGAGGAACACAAGAAAGAGGUUAUAGAAGCGAAGCAAAUUGUAAGGAAAUUAACGUUGGUUGUCCUGUCUUCUGAUAAAGCUGACGAGAAGGAAAAGGACAAAGAUAAAGAUGAAGAAAAAGUGGAGAAACCUCCUGACAAUCAGAAGCUCGGUUUAUUAGAAGCUCUCUUAAAGAUUGGAGACUGGCAACACGCACAAAACAUUAUGGAUCAAAUGCCCCCUUUCUACGGCACUUCGCACAAAUCAAUAGCAUUAGCUCUGUGUCGUCUCAUUCACAUAACUAUUGAUCCUCUUUAUCGAAGAGUCGGAGUUCCCAAAGGCGCCAAAGGAUCGCGGAUUGUUCCUAUGCGGAGUAAGAGAGCUCCAAGACCGGCUGAAUGUUUUGAAGACCUAAGAAAAGAUGUGUUCAGCAUGCUCUGCUUCCUUGGCCCCCACCUCUCCCAUGACCCCAUUCUGCUGGCAAAGAUUGUCCGCCUUGGCAAAGCGUUAAUGAAAGAGUUUCAGUCUGAUGCAAGUAGAGAUGACAAAGAACGUAUGGAGGUGCUCUUUAGUUGCCUACUUAGCAUUACAGACCAGGUUAUACUUCCUUCACUGACUUUAAUGGAUUGCAAUGCAUGCAUGUCUGAGGAAAUCUGGGGGAUGAUCAAAACCUUUCCGUAUCAGCACAGAUAUCAUUUGUAUGGCCUGUGGAAGAAUGAAACCUACAACAGUCAUCCUUUGCUAGUGAAAGUUAAGGCACAGACCAUUGAAAGAGCUAAAUACAUCAUGAAACGUUUAACAAAAGAAAACGUGAAGCCAUCAGGAAGGCAGAUAGGAAAACUAAGCCAUAGCAAUCCGACGAUCUUAUUUGACUAUAUUCUUUCCCAGAUACAAAAAUAUGACAACCUUAUAACACCGGUGGUGGACUCCCUGAAAUAUCUCACGUCCCUGAAUUAUGAUGUCUUGGCGUACUGUAUUAUAGAAGCUCUUGCUAAUCCAGAAAAGGAGAAAAUGAAGCACGAUGAUACAACCAUCUCCAGUUGGUUGCAAAGUUUAGCCAGCUUCUGCGGGGCGAUAUUCCGAAAAUAUCCCAUCGAACUGGCCGGUCUCCUGCAGUAUGUAGCCAAUCAGCUGAAAGCCGGUAAAAGCUUUGAUUUACUGAUUUUGAAAGAGGUGGUACAAAAGAUGGCUGGAAUCGAGAUUACCGAGGAAAUAACAAUGGAGCAGCUAGAAGCAAUGACUGGCGGAGAGCAGCUUAAGGCCGAGGGUGGGUACUUUGGACAGAUAAGAAACACAAAGAAAUCUUCUCAGAGAUUAAAAGAUGCCUUGCUGGACCACGACUUGGCUCUCCCGUUGUGUCUGUUAAUGGCACAGCAGAGAAAUGGUGUGAUUUUCCAGGAAGGAGGAGAGAAGCAUUUGAAGCUGGUGGGGAAGCUGUAUGACCAGUGUCAUGACACCCUUGUGCAGUUUGGAGGAUUUUUGGCAUCUAACUUGAGUACAGACGAUUACGUUAAGCGGGUUCCUUCUAUCGAUGUUCUGUGCAAUGAAUUUCAUACCCCCCACGACGCUGCGUUUUUCCUGUCCAGACCUAUGUAUGCGCAUCAUAUAUCAUCUAAAUCUGAUGAGCUCAAGAAGGCUGAAAAAGGAAGCAAGCAGCAACAUAAAGUCCACAAGUACAUCACAUCGUGUGAGCUUGUGAUGGCUCCGGUUCAUGAGGCCGUGGUGUCCUUGCACCCUCCCAAAGUGUGGGAUGACAUCAGUCCUCAGUUCUAUGCCACCUUCUGGUCCCUGACCAUGUAUGAUCUUGCUGUUCCAAGAUCCAGCUACAGCAGAGAGGUCAAUAAGUUGAGGCUCCAGAUGAAAGCCAUUGAUGACAACUUGGAAAUGCCUCCUAACAAAAAGAAAAAAGAAAAGGAGAGAUGCACUGCACUGCAAGAUAAGCUGCUGGAGGAGGAGAAGAAGCAAUCCGAGCAUGUGGAGAGGGUUCUACAUAGAAUGAAACUAGAAAAGGACAAUUGGCUUUUAGCACGGUCGACAAAAAAUGAGACAAUCACCAAAUUUUUACAGCUUUGUAUAUUUCCCCGCUGCAUAUUUUCAGCAAUUGAUGCUGUAUACUGCGCUCGAUUUGUAGAGCUUGUACAUCAACAGAAGACCCCCAAUUUUUCUACUUUGCUUUGUUAUGACCGAGUGUUCUCCGAUAUAAUUUACACGGUAGCCAGUUGUACGGAGAAUGAAGCCAGCCGGUACGGAAGAUUUCUCUGCUGUAUGCUGGAAACUGUUACAAAAUGGCAUAGUGAUCGUGCCACCUAUGAUAAGGAUUGUGGCAAUUAUCCAGGAUUUGUAACAAUAUUACGGGCAACUGGGUUCGAUGGUGGAAACAAAGCAGACCAACUGGAUUACGAGAAUUUCCGCCACGUGGUGCAUAAGUGGCACUACAAGCUAACAAAGGCCUCUGUUUAUUGUCUCGAAACCGGCGAAUAUACUCAUAUCAGGAAUAUUCUUAUCGUAUUAACCAAAAUCCUGCCGUGGUAUCCCAAGGUCCUGAAUUUGGGACAAGCCUUGGAGCGCAGAGUUCACAAAAUUCGCCAGGAAGAGAAGGACAAAAGACCCGAUCUAUAUGCAUUGGCCAUGGGCUACUCAGGACAGUUGAAAAGCAGGAAACCUUUCAUGGUACCUGAAAAUGAGUUUCACCAUAAAGAUCCACCUGCCAGGAGCACUGUUCCACCAACAGUACAAAACGGCCCGGGUACUGCAAGCCAAUCUGCGUCUGUCAUGGUGAACGCAGCCAGACCUGAAGAUGGCGCUACAGAUGAUGCCGAAAAACUAAAAGAAAAAUCUCAGAGUACUAUGAAAGUUGUUGGUAAAACUGCCAGCUCAACACCAAAGGUGACCACAAGUAAUGGCAGCAACCUUGCUAACAGCAAAAUCAUCAAAGAAAAAGACGAUAAAGAUAAAAUUGUGAAGGAAAAGGAGAAAGAUAAACGAGAGAAGACUCCAGUGGCACCCCAAGAUACCAAGGCACUUGGGAAGGACGGAAAAGAAAAGACGAAGGAAGAUCGGCCAAGCAAAGAUGAGAAACUACGUGACGCCAAGGAGAAAACGCCUAAAUCCGAUAAAGAGAAAGUCAAGAAAGAAGAUAAGUCUCAGAAGGAAGAAAAAUCCAAGGCUCUCAUGGUGAAUGCCGAGUCAAAACUGGUUCUAGAGAAGGAGCCCUCAAGAGAGAAAGAUUUAUUAAAGGAAGCUAAAUCUAAGGAAGGCUCUAAAGGUGGAGAUAAGACAGCCGUUGCUGGGUCCUUGAAGUCUCCUGUUCCCCGGUCUGAUAUAUCUGAACCUGAAAGGGAACAAAAACGACGCAAAAUUGAUACACAUGCUUCUCCUUCACAUUCCUCAGCAGUAAAGGACAACCUCAGUGAAUUUAAGGAAUCUUCAGCAAAGCACUACACAAACCACACUUCACCAACAAUAACCAAGAGCAAGGAGAAAGAGGUCGAGAAGAAAGACAUGGACAAAUCUAGAGAGAGGUCACGGGAAAGAGAGAAGAAAGAGGAAAAGGAAAGAAAAGAGAGGAAGCGGGAUCACUCAAACAAUGAACGGGAGGUGACUCAAGAGUCAAAACGACGCAAGGAAGAAAAUGGAACUAGUAUUUCCUCUAAACACAAUAAAAGUGAGAGUCCCUCUGAUUCCCCACACUCCAAUGAAAAAGAGAAAACUAAAUCAAAAUCAUCAAGUAAGGAGAAAGGAGAUCUCAUGAAAUCAGAGAAAAUGGAGAAAAGUUCCGGAAGCAAAAAGGAAUCCAGACACGACAAGGAAAAAUCUGAAAAGAAAGAAAAGCGUGACAGUGCAGGCGGAAAAGAGGAGAAAAAGCACCAUAAAUCAUCAGAUAAACACAGAUAAUGAACUGCAUUGGACUUGGGAUUUCUCGUGUAUAAACCCAUGGGAUCUUAAAAAUUGUCUUGAAUCGGAAGGUGACCAGCGAUGAUCAGAUGUGUAUUUACCACAAUAUUGAUUGCACAGAUAUCUGUCAAUGAAGAGGACCCAUAUGCAUCUUCUUAAAUUAUUCAUGUACUUGCAUUACUUCUUUUUUUUUUUUUUUGAUAAUUCCCCUUGUGCUCCAGUAAACAUUUAAGUCACACAUAAAUGUAUUUUAAAUUUUGUUGCUGGUUCUCUUACCCAUUUAUUUUCAGUACAUGGCUGAAAGUGUUUAACUAUUCCAUAAUUUUAAGCACAAUGUGCUGCAAGCAGGCAAUUGCCACCAUACAAAAGAAGUUACUUUUGUGUACAGACUUUUCUCUUUAGGUUGUCCAAAUACUGCCUGAAAUCUAGUAAUUUCUUUGUAAUUUGAAAUGCAUACUUUUUUAAUGUUGCAACCACAAAUAAACAAUUAUUCAACAUUUAUUUUGAACUUACCUCAUUUAAACUCUGCUUUUAUUUAUUACUUGCCUUGUAAGUAAGAAAUGUGAGAGCACUGUGUUCAUGCUAUUGAAUUGGUAUUGUUUGUAUAUUAUGUGUAGAACAUGAAAUAUCUGUUUUAAGGAACAAAUACAUCUGAAGAAGUCUUUUAUCUAAAGUCCCUAGCCACACAAGCUUUUUCUCAUAAUGUUUUUAAAUAAACCAAGGAAAGAUUAAAAUUUCCCCCUAGGUAAAUUAGAUUUCAGUUAUACAACUACAGGAGCUUUGUAACGCCGAACUUUAGUCUGAAAAGUUUCAAAGACUUUUUUUAAAGAAAUUUUUAUCUGCUGAAUUCUACCAGUGUAAGCUUGUUUUUUUUCUAAUAAAACAAUAGUUUUCUCAAUGGAUUGUAAA